UUCAUUUAAUUUUGUAAUUAUAUGUUUCUUAAUUUGUUUUCCACGGCAUCAUGUAGUUAUUGAAUAUAGUUGUUAGGAAGUAUGAAGCAGAUGAUAUAUGUGUGUGUAUAUAUAGAUUAGAGAGGUGGAUCUGUUUGGGUGGUAUAAGGGUAGCUAGAGUUGACCUAAUUGGUGCAAGUGGUUGAGAAGCAAAAUAAACGAUGUACAGAGUAGCGAACGCGUCGGAAUACCUGGUGAUCACCGGCGUGGGAAUAGCGGAUAUAAAGCUUGCGAAGAAAGCAUGGGUUCUACCGGGGCAGUCAUGCACGGUCUUCGACCUCUCUCCGGUGAACUACACCUUCGAAGUUCAGGCGAUGAGCGCGGAGAAGCUUCCCUUCAUCCUGCCGGCGGUGUUCACCAUCGGUCCCAGGGUGGACGACAACUCCAGCCUCCUGAAAUACGCGAAGCUGCUCUCCUCCCACGACAAGCUCUCCCACCACGUGAAGGAGCUGGUGCAGGGCAUCAUCGAGGGCGAGACACGUGUCCUGGCUGCCUCCAUGACCAUGGAAGAGAUCUUCAGGGGCACCAAAUCCUUCAAGCAAGAGGUGUUCGAGAAGGUUCAGCUUGAGCUCAACCAGUUCGGCCUUUUGAUCUACAACGCCAACGUGAAGCAGCUGGUGGACGUCCCCGGUCACGAGUAUUUCUCCUACCUCGGCCAGAAGACUCAGAUGGAGGCUGCCAACCAGGCCAAGGUUGACGUGGCGGAGGCCAAGAUGAAGGGAGAGGUUGGAGCCAAGAUGCGAGAGGGCCAGACGCUGCAGAAUGCGGCCAAGAUCGACGCCGAGACCAAUAUCAUAUCCACGCAGAGGCAUGGAGCGGGGAAGAAGGAGGAGAUAAAGGUGAGGACGGAGGUGAAGGUGUUUGAGAACGAGAGGGAGGCUGAGGUGGCUGAGGCUAACUCUGAGCUUGCCAAGAAGAAAGCUGUGUGGGCUCAGGCGGCGCAGGUGGCGGAGGUGGAGGCUGCAAAGGCUGUGGCGCUCAGAGAAGCCGAGUUGCAGAGGGAGGUUGAGAGGAUGAAUGCUCUCACCACCACCGAGAAGCUUAAAGCCGAGUUCCUCAGCAAAGCCAGUGUCGACUAUGAAACCAAGGUGCAAGAGGCAAACUGGGAGCUCUACAAGAAGCAAAAAGGUGCAGAAGCCAUAUUGUUUGAGAAGGAGAAAGAGGCAGAAGCACAAAAGGCACUCGCAGAGGCAGCAUUUUUCAGUCGGCAACAAGCAGCAGAAGCAGAGUUAUUUGCAAAGAAAAAAGAGGCAGAGGGGCUUGUGGCACUUGGGCAUGCCCAAGGGGCAUAUUUAAGCACACUUCUUGCUGCACUUGGAGGCAACUACGCCAAUCUGAGAGACUAUUUGAUGAUAAAUAAUGGCAUGUUUCAACAGAUUGCCAAGACCAAUGCUGAUGCCAUACGUGGACUUCAGCCAAAGAUUAGUAUUUGGACGAAUGAUGGGAAUGCGAAUGGCAUGAAGGAUGUUGCUGCUGUGUACAAAAUGUUGCCACCUCUGUUUCAGACAGUCCAUGAUCAAACGGGCAUGCUGCCACCCACUUGGAUGGGAACCCUACCCGACAACUCUUCUAAUUAAGUCUCUUCUUUUACUAUUUCUAUACCACUUUAGAAGGGUUUUUAAAAAUGAAGAAUUUCAAAACCGCUUGUAAACUUUAUAUAUCUUUUUAUGUAUUCUUUUCUCAUGUUUAUUUUGCUGCUUGGAUUCGUAAUUUGCUUAUCAUGUAAAAGCCACAUAUAUCAGACUUCUUCUUUUGAUCAACUAUGUACGAAUUGUUUUAUUUCAUUCAA